AUGUCCCCGCUCUUGGACAGCAUCGCCACCAUCGUCGGCGUCUUCCAGCGGCACGCCCGCGGCGCCGGGAGCGGCUCCGGGCUGAGCCGCGGGACCCUGAGGGAGCUCAUCCUCCGGGAAUUCGCCGACGCCCUCGCGAAACCCCACGACCCCCAGACCGUCGAGAAGAUCCUGCAGUUCCUGGAGUGGGACGGCGACGGGGACAUCGACUUCAACGAGUUCCUCCUCCUGGUGUUCCGCGUGGCCAAGUGCUGCUUCUGCUUCCAGCCCAGGGCGCCGUUCCUGGUGCAGAGGACAAAGCUCCCGACCUGCGGAAAAUCCCUCCGGGAGCCGGAGUUGAGGAGCAGAGGGAGCCGCCGGCAGCUCCAGGAGGAGGAGGAGGAGGAGGAGGAACAAACGUGGGAGAGGAAGCGUGAAGCCGAGCUGCAGCGAGACCUGAGGGUCUCAGGGGAGGUGGAAAUCUUGGAGGAAAGGAGGAGGGAUCAUCGGGAAUGCCGCAGGCGGAGCGGGAGGGACGCGGGACCGCGCGGGGAGCCGGGGGAGCCGAUCCCCCGGGAAUACCGGGAAGCGGGCCGGGAGCCGUGCGAGCGGCAGGAGAGCCGGAGGCGGCGGCAGCUCCCGGAGCCGGAGGGACGAGGAGAGGAGCGGGAGAGGAGGGAGCGGGAGCGGCUCCGGCAGGAGGAAGCGGCAGACGUGAGGAUGGGCUGGGAACCGCGGCCGGAGCGGGAUGAGAGAUCCCAGCGGCCGCGGGGAGCGGGAGAGCUCCGGGAGGAGAGGAACCGGGACCGCCGCCGGAGGGAGCUGGAAGAGGCAGCGCUGGGAGGGAGAAGCUGCCGGGCGGAGGAGCCGGAACGCCCGGAGUGCAGGCGGCCGCACCAGGCGUACCUGGAGGAACCGUUAGAGAUCGACCUCGGGGAAUGCGGGAGGACGAGGAGGGAGCUGGAAUCUGUGGAAAGGGAAAGGGAGAUCCGGUACGAGCAGGAGAGGGGGGAAAGAGAUGAUCCCAGAAGAAGAGGGAGAGUGAGAGAGAGGAGGGUGGAUCGGGAACGGGAUCAGGAGCUGGAGGUCUGUGAGCGCCGCACACGGGACAGGGAGGAAGAAGUGGCUGCUGUUAUCCAGAGAGAGACACGGGAGAGACGAGAGCGCGAAAUUCGUGAGGUUGAAGCUGAUGGGAGGAGACAGAGAGAAUCCGUGAGGUACGAGAGGGACAGAGAGAUCUCAGUGGCUGCAGCAGAAGCCGACGUCAAAGUGCGCCGGGAGAUCCGGGAAUCACGAGAGGAUCUGGGAAGGAGAGAACGACCCCGUGAGUGUGAGGAGGAGGAACCGGAGGGGAGAAUUUCCCGGGUCAGGGAGAGGGAACAGUCCCUGAGGGAGAGGAGAAUCGAUCGGGAUCGGGAACAGGAGCUGGAGGUCUGUGAGCGCCGCACACAGGACAGGGAGGAACGAGAGGCUGUGAUCAGCCAGAGAGAGACACGGGAGAGACGAGGGCGUGAAAUUCGUGAGGUUGACGCUGAAGUAGAUGCAAGGAGAGGACAAGAAAUCUAUGAGAGGAGAAGAGAAACCUCAGUGGCUGCGGCAGAAGCUGACAUCAAAAUGCGCCGGGAGAUCCGGGAACGGGAACAACGAGAGGAUCUGGGAAGGAGAGAACGGCCCCGUGCGUGUGAGGAGGAGGAACCAGAGAGGAGAAUUUCCCGGGUCAGGGAGAGGGAAGAGGCCGUGAGGGAGAGGGGAAUCAAUCGGGAUCGGGAUCAGGAUCAGGAGCUGGAGGUCUCAGGGCGCCGCACAAAGGAAAGAGAAGUAGAAGUGGCCGCCAUCGGCCGGAGAGAGACACGGGAGAGACGAGGGCGCGAAAUUCGUGAGGUCGAAGCUGAAGUAGAUGAAAGGAGAGGACAAGAAAUCUAUGAGAGGAGAAGAGAAACCUCGGUGGCUGCAGCGGAAGCCGACGUCAAAGUGCGCCGGGAGAUCCGGGAACGGGAACAACGAGAGGAUCUGGGAAGGAGAGAACGACCCCGUGAGUGUGAGGAGGACAGAAGAAUUUGCACCAAAAGAGAGAGGGAAGAGGCUGUGAGGGAGAGGAGAAUCGAUCGGGAUCAGGAGCUGGAGGUCUGUGAGCGCCGCACACGGGACAGGGAGGAAGAAGUGGCUGCUGUUAUCCAGAGAGAGGCACGGGAGAGACGAGAGCGUGAAAUUCGUGAGGCUGAAGCUGAUGGGAGGAGACAGAGAGAAUCCGUGAGGUACGAGAGGGACAGAGAGAUCUCAGUGGCUGCAGCAGAAGCCGACGUCAAAGUGCGCCGGGAGAUCCGGGAACAACGAGAGGAGCUGGGAAGGAGAGAACGACCCCGUGAGUGUGAGGAGGAAGAAGGAGAGAGGAGAAUUUCCCGGGUCAGGGAGAGGGAAGAGGCCGUGAGGGAGAGGAGAAUUGAUCGGGAUCGGGAACAGGAUCAGGAGCUGGAGGUCUGUGACCGCCGCACAAAGGAAAGAGAAGUAGAAGUGGCCACCAUUGGCCGGAGAGAGACACGGGAGAGACGAGAGCGUGAAAUUCGUGAGGUUGACGCUGAAGUAGAUGCAAGGAGAGAACAAGAAAUCUAUGAGAGGAGAAGAGAAACCUCGGUGGCUGCGGCAGAAGCCGAUGUCAAAGUGCGCCGGGAGAUCCGGGAACGGGAACAACGAGAGGAUCUGGGAAGGAGAGAACGGCCCCGUGAGUGUGAGGAGGAGGAACCGGAGAGGAGAAUUUCCCGGGUCAGAGAGAGGGAACAGUCCCUGAGGGAGAGGAGAAUUGAUCGGGAUCGGGAACAGGAUCAGGAGCUGGAGGUCUGUGAGCGCCGCACACGGGACAGGGAGGAAGAAGUGGCUGCUGUUAUCCAGAGAGAGGCACGGGAGAGACGAGAGCGCGAAAUUCGUGAGGCUGAAGCUGAUGGGAGGAGACAGAGAGAAUCCGUGAGGUACGAGAGGGACAGAGAGAUCUCAGUGGCUGCAGCAGAAGCCGACGUCAAAGUGCGCCGGGAGAUCCGGGAACAACGAGAGGAUCUGGGAAGGAGAGAACGACCCCGUGAGUGUGAGGAGGAGGAACUGGAGAGGAGAAUUUCCCGGGUCAGGGAGAGGGAACAGUCCCUGAGGGAGAGGAGAAUCGAUCGGGAUCAGGAGCUGGAGGUCUCAGGGCGCCGCACAAAGGAAAGAGAAAUAGAAGUGGCCGCCAUCGGCCGGAGAGAGACACGGGAGAGACGAGGGCGUGAAAUUCGUGAGGUUGACGCUGAAGUAGAUGCAAGGAGAGAACAAGAAAUCUAUGAGAGGAGAAGAGAAACCUCGGUGGGUGCGGCAGAAGCUGACAUCAAAGUGCGCCGGGAGAUCCGGGAACGACGAGAGGAUCUGGGAAGGAGAGAACGGCCCCGUGAGUGUGAGGAGGAGGAACCGGAGAGGAGAAUUUCCCGGGUCAGAGAGAGGGAACAGUCCCUGAGGGAGAGGAGAAUUGAUCGGGAUCGGGAACAGGAUCAGGAGCUGGAGGUCUGUGAGCGCCGCACACGGGACAGGGAGGAAGAAGUGGCUGCUGUUAUCCAGAGAGAGGCACGGGAGAGACGAGGGCGUGAAAUUCGUGAGGCUGAAGCUGAUGGGAGGAGACAGAGAGAAUCCGUGAGGUACGAGAGGGACAGAGAGAUCUCAGUGGCUGCAGCAGAAGCCGACGUCAAAGUGCGCCGGGAGAUCCGGGAAUCACGAGAGGAUCUGGGAAGGAGAGAACGACCCCGUGAGUGUGAGGAGGAAGAAGGAGAGAGGAGAAUUUCCCGGGUCAGAGAGAGGGAACAGUCCCUGAGGGAGAGGAGAAUCGAUCGGGAUCAGGAGCUGGAGGUCUGUGAGCGCCGCACACGGGACAGGGAGGAAGAAGUGGCUGCUGUUAUCCAGAGAGAGGCACGGGAGAGACGAGGGCGUGAAAUUCGUGAGGUUGAAGCUGAAGUAGAUGCAAGGAGAGAACAGGAAAUCUAUGAGAGGAGAAGAGAAACCUCGGUGGCUGCAGCGGAAGCCGACGUCAAAGUGCGCCGAGAGAUCCGGGAACAACGAGAGGAUCUGGGAAGGAGAGAACGGCCCCGUGAGUGUGAGGAGGAGAGAAGAAUUUGCACCAAAAGAGAGAGGGAAGAGGCUGUGAGGGAGAGGAGAAUCGAUCGGGAUCAGGAGCUGGAGGUCUGUGAGCGCCGCACACGGGACAGGGAGGAAGAAGUGGCUGCUGUUAUCCAGAGAGAGACACGGGAGAGACGAGGCCGUGAAAUUGGUGAGGUUGACGCUGAUGGGAGGAGACAGAGAGAAUCCGUGAGGUACGAGAGGGACAGAGAGAUCUCAGUGGCUGCGGCAGAAGCCGACGUCAAAGUGCGCCGAGAGAUCCGGGAACCACGAGAGGAUCUGGGAAGGAGAGAACGACCCCGUGAGUGUGAGGAGGAGGAACCGGAGAGGAGAAUUUCCCAGGUCAGAGAGAGGGAACAGUCCCUGAGGGAGAGGAGAAUCGAUCGGGAUCAGGAGCUGGAGGUCUCAGGGCGCCGCACAAAAGAAAGAGAAAUAGAAGUGGCCGCCAUCAACCAGAGAGAGACACGGGAGAGACGAGGGCGUGAAAUUCGUGAGGUUGACGCUGAAGUAGAUGCAAGGAGAGGACAAGAAAUCUAUGAGAGGAGAAGAGAAACCUCGGUGGCUGCGGCAGAAGCUGAUGUCAAAGUGCGCCGGGAGAUCCGGGAACGGGAACAACGAGAGGAGCUGGGAAGGAGAGAACGGCCCCGUGAGUGUGAGGAGGAGGAAGAACCAGAGAGGAGAAUUUCCCGGGUCAGGGAGAGGGAACAGUUCCUGAGGGAGAGGAGAAUCGAUCGGGAUCAGGAGCUGGAGGUCUGUGAGCGCCGCACACGGGACAGGGAGGAACAAGAGGCUGUGAUCAACCAGAGAGAGACACGGGAGAGACGAGGGCGUGAAAUUCGUGAGGUUGACGCUGAUGGGAGGAGACAGAGAGAAUCCGUGAGGUACGAGAGGGACAGAGAGAUCUCAGUGGCUGCAGCAGAAGCCGAUGUCAAAGUGCGCCGAGAGAUCCGGGAACGGGAACAACGAGAGGAUCUGGGAAGGAGAGAACGGCCCCGUGAGUGUGAGGAGGACAGAAGAAUUUGCACCAAAAGAGAGAGGGAACAGUCCCUGAGGGAGAGGAGAAUCGAUCGGGAUCAGGAGCUGGAGGUCUCGGAGCGCCGCAGCCGCCGGACACAGGCCGGGGCGGCCGAAGCGGCCACCGGAGACCAGCGAGAGGAGAUCCGGCUGGAGGUCCUGGAGGAGGAGGACGAGGAGGAGCUGGAGCAGGGGCGCUGCCCGUUCCAGACCCUGGAGGUGGCCGAUCUCUGCCCCCCGGGACGGGAGGCGGCCGUCAGCGACCUCAGGGUCCGGUUCCGCCCCGCCGAUCCCGAGCUCCGGCCCGAGCUCCGGCUGCUCCCCGAUCCCGCGGCGCCUCCGGCCGUCGCCUACCUGGUGCACGUGCUGCAGAACCCGGGCGACGCCGGCGCCGCCGCCUACGAGAUCGUGUGCCGCCGCCCCGCGCCCGCAUCCCAGGAAAACCCCGAGGCUCCGGAGCAGCGCCCGGAAAGUUCCGGAAAAGAGGGGGAGGACGCGGCGCCGCGGGAUCCCGCCGAGCCGGAGGCGGCGAAAGGCGAGCGGGUGAAAUCCAAGGAGACGCGGAGGAGCCCCGAGACCCCCGAGGCGCGGCGGGAUCGGCCCCAGGACGCGGGAUCCCAGAAGAUCCCGCCCGGAUCCGGCUGCCGGCGGAGAGAGUGCGAGGACGGCCGGGCCAAGAGCUGCCCAGCGGCUCCGGAGCCUCGGGAAUGUCGGGAUGAGGAGCGCAGGGAUCCUGGAGAGGGAGCCCAGGAGGCUCCUGAGGAGCCCGGCGAGAGGAGCCGGCGGGAAUGCGGCGAUUCCCAGAUCCCUCGGGAAGCUGAGCAGCGCCAGGAGGCCGAGCCGGAGGCGCCGAGGGAUGAAUCCAAGACGUCCUGA